CAAAAAUUUAUGCCGACGCGAUUAAAUUUCUAAAAGAGUAAGAAGAAAAUAAAAAAAAAUUUUAACCGUUCAAAUAGAAUCGCGUAAGACAUCAAUAAUGCCGAAAAACGGAGGUGCUGGUCACAGGAACAAUGCUCCUAGGAAGCGCCAAAUACCGGCUGCCCAGCUUGAUGAAGAGAGUCCCAUUGUCCAACAAUUUCGAAUUUAUUCUAAUGAAUUGACCAUGAAACACGAUCGCCACGAGCGAAUUGUCAAGCUGAGCCGUGACAUUACCAUCGAGUCCAAGCGUAUCAUCUUCCUGCUGCACUCUAUUGACUCGCGUAAGCAGAAUAAGGAGAAGGUCCUAGAGGAGGCACGUCAGCGACUGAACAAGCUGAUCACGGUGAACUUUAGGGCUGUGGCCCUGGAACUGCGCGACCAGGAUGUCUACCAGUUCCGCAGCUCCUACUCUCCAGGAUUGCAGGAGUUUAUCGAGGCCUACACCUACAUGGAGUACCUGUGCCACGAGGAUGCUGAGGGCGAGAACGAAACCAAGAGUGUUUCAGAUUGGCAGUCCAUUCAGGCGGUGAUGCAGUACGUCGAGGAGAGCAGCCAGCCAAAGGAAGAGCCAACUGAAGGCGAAGAUGUUCAGGCUACAGCUCAGGUUGAGAGCCCAAAGAAGUUUCAGUUCUUCGUGGACCCCACGGAAUAUAUACUGGGACUUUCGGAUCUUACUGGGGAACUGAUGCGCCGCUGCAUAAAUUCGCUAGGCAGUGGAGAUACAGAGACCUGUUUGGACACCUGCAAGGCCCUGCAGCAUUUCUACAGCGGUUACAUCAGUCUAAACUGUCAGAGAGCCCGUGAACUAUGGCGUAAGAUCACUACCAUGAAGCAGAGCGUUCUUAAGGCCGAGAAUGUUUGCUACAAUGUAAAAGUUCGCGGCGGAGAGGCUGCCAAAUGGGGCGCCACUUUUGAUCAAAAGCCAGCCGAUGAAGUGGACGAGGGCUUCUACUAAUGGAACUCCAUAAACAUAAGUUUUCAUUAACAGAAUAUAUAAAGCCUAUUAUUUGGCAAAUGAAACGUAAAAUCUAA